AUGGACAACGAGUAUACAUACAAGAUAGGGCUAUCUAACAAAGUGGAAAAUUCUGAGAGCCUGAAGACACUGAAGAAUGUAGCUGCAAAACUUGGUGGAUCUCUCAGUAUUCCAUGUUUCUAUGAUGAGAAAUACAAAUCAAACCGUAAAUACUGGUGUAAGGGGUAUUACUGGUCCUCCUGUAAAAUAGUAGCCUAUACAGACACAAAUGGAAAUACAUUCGUCACUGAUCAUCCAACCCAGAAUAUGUUUACUGUGGAACUGAACAGCUUCCGAGACUCGUACUCUGGAUAUUAUUGGUGUGCUGUGGAAAUUGGUGGAAGUGGGACCCCUGAUGACAAGGAUUAUUUGUACCUGAUGGUCAGUGCAGAUCCUGCUGUGUCAGUGAUAAACAGCAGAGUGAGUGGUCAGGAAGGGGGCAGUGUCAGUGUCCAGUGUCUCUGCAGUGCCCAAUAUCAGAAUAAACAGAAGCAGUGGUGCAGAUUUAAAGACUGGAGCUGCUACACGUUAGAGAGGACUGACACAUCCCAGAAUUCAUCAGUGUUGGUCAGUGAUGAUGGAAAAGGAUCCGUCAGUGUGGAGAUGAGGGGUCUGCAGAAGAGUGAUGCUGGCUGGUACUGGUUCAGUGCAGGAGAUGUGGGGGUUACUGUUCACCUCACUGUCACUGAAAGACCUUCAACAACAACAGCUGUGACUACAGUUUCUGCCACUGAGAAAACCAGCAUCAGUGAAACCAUUUCAGAAGAAGAACCGCCCCUCCUGCAGUAA